AUGGAAUUUGUUGAAGAAGCAGCUUAUCGAGAUGCCGGCGCCUCAGGCGCGCUGCCUGGCGUCAUCCUUCUGGCAGCCGAUAAGGAAGGCACUUUCGAAUAUGGAAAGGCAAUGGGACGUCGAUCCACGAAGCCUGAGGAUGCGGCUAAAGCAACAGAGCCGGACAUGGUCUUGGCCAUGGCCGCUUGCACCAAGCUCAUGACCGCCAUUGCCGUAUUGCAGUGUGUGGAACGCGGUCUUUUCGACCUUGACGAGGACAUCGCGCAAUCCUUCCGGACAGAAGAAAAUUUUAUUACUCCAAGUACUCUGGAUGCGACUGGAAAUGCAGUGACUCUCGAAGGUUGGGACCUAGUCAACGGAUCCACAGACUGUCUUGGUGGCGGAGGAGUGUUCGGAUCGGCACAGGACUUCUUGGCUUUAAUGAAGGCUGUGUUGGUGGAAGGUCCAAAGCUGUUGAAGGAGAAGUCAUACUAG